UUCAAACAACAGACGCCAAGUGAAGCGAUGGACGCUACAAGUAACGGUUGAAAACAGUAGUGUUAGUUUUCCGCGUUUUUUCGUAUUGUAACGGUUUAAAUAUUCGUGAAAAGCGUUAAUUAAUCGGUUUCUGUCAAAAUGAAAUCCGCCCAGCUGGGAUACUUGGAGUUUCAACCCAAAACGGGAAAAUCGCCCCUGAAGUAUUUCCUGGAACCCGGACCGACAACCAUCGGAUCGGCCUUAUCGUACGACAUUCGGAUUAAAUCGAAAAGUCUGGCUUCGGAGCCAGUGUUUUGUGUUUUAGAUGUGAAGGACAACGGAACGGCUGUUUUGGAAAAUAAGUGCAAACAAGCUGUUUUAUAUAAUGGAACGAAAAUGAAGAAGGAGCAAGUUUUGAAGAAUAACGACGAGUUUUUGGUUGGGGGAAAGCAGUUUCGCUAUGUAAACAAAGCUGCAACGGUGAAAAAAAUCAACGCCUUGGUGAGCAAAACCCGCCAGUCAGUCACCCCCAACUUCAAAAUCAAAUCAUCUUCGCGAAUCCCACUCCCGUCAAGAUCGGCCGCCCCCACCCGACGAAGUCUAUCGGCCACCAAGCCCAAGAAGGACACCCCCGGACGUUCCUGCGCCAGCGCACGACCCGAUAGACACCCCAACCCCAUGUCCGACUGGGAAAGUACCAACAGCCCCAACGUCGUCGCUGGGCGCUCUUCCAAAAAAACCGACCUGGGAGUGCUGGUCCGAAAAUCUCUCUUCCUGAAAAACAAGGGCGACAUUUCCUUCAGUAACUCCAUUUCGGUGGAAAGGGGCGAACAGAAGUCCUUCAUGUUGAAGGUCGACGGGUCCAUUUCCCCGAAAAACUCACCCAAGGCGAAAACUCCGUCACCGCGAGGGGUGAAAAGGGGGCGCUCGUCGGUCACUGGCACUGCUAGGGUGAACAAAAGGCGCAAACCGAACAAACAGUUCAGUUUCAACGUGUCGAUUUCGGGAGAAAGCGACAUUUUCGACGAGUCCACGUCCCCUCUGAGUAGUUCAGAGCAGGACUCCAGUUUUUACGAUUCGAGCUUCUAUGACUCUCCACGGGCAGUUUCGAGCCCUAGGAAGUCCAUCAUUGAUCUAACUGAAGAGACAAAGGUUCGAAAAUCGCCACGUAAUGACUUAAGCAACGUUAGCGGAGUUAAGAGACUGUUAAAAACUCCCAAGGUAGAGAAAAGUCCACGCAACGACCUCACGGAAGUCCUAAGAACUCCCAAAGUUCAGAAGUCGCCUUUGAACGACUUAGGUAAUGUAAGCGGUGUGGCGAGAAUUUUAAGAACACCUGUGACUGACUUAAGUCCAAUGAAAACUCCCAAAGUUGAAAAGACGCCGCUGAAUGACUUAAGUAGAGUUAGUGGAACGAAGAAGGCUUUGACAAGUCCCAGAGUUCCAAGGUCGUCGAAAAAGAACUUCGGUAAUGCGAGCGCUGUUGCAAGGAGUUUGAGAGCGUCUUUGAACGUCGAAAGUCCCGAAGUCCAAAAGUCGCCGGUCGCGAAAACCCCGAAAGUCCAAAAGUCUCCAAAGACUAGCUUGCGUAAAGUUAGUGGAGUGAAGGCUUUAACAAGUCCCAGAGUUUCAAGGUCUUCGAAAAAGGACUUAGGUAAUGUGAGCGCUGUUGCAACAAGUUUGAACGUCGAAAGUCCCGAAGUCCAAAAGUCGCCGGUCGCGAAAACCCCGAAAGUCCAAAAGUCUCCAAAGACUAGCUUGCGUAAAGUUAGUGGAGUGAAGGCUUUGACAAGUCCCAGAGUUUCAAGGUCUUCGAAAAAGAACUUCGCUAACGUGAGCGCUGUUGCAACAAGUUUGAACGUCGAAAGUCCCGAAGUCCAAAAGUCGCCGGUCGCGAAAACCCCGAAAGUCCAAAGGUCUCCAAUGACUGACUUACGUAAAGUUAGCGGAGUGAAGGCUUUGACAAGUCCCAGAGUUUCAAGGUCUUCGACAAAGAACUUCGCUAAUGUGAGCGCUGUUGCAACAAGUUUGAACGUCGAAACUCCCGAAGUCCAAAAGUCGCCGGUCGCGAAAACUCCGAAAGUCCAAAAGUCUCCAACAGCUGCCUUACGUAAAGUUAGCGGAGUGAAGGCUUUGACAAGUCCCAGAGUUUCAAGGUCGUCGAAAAAGAACUUCGGUAACGCGAGCGCUGUUGCAAGGAGUUUGAGAGCGUCUUUGAACGUCGAAACUCCCGAAGUCCAAAAGUCGCCGGUCGCGAAAACCCCGAAAGUCCAAAAGUCUCCAACGGCUGCCUUACGUAGAGUUAGCGGAGUGAAGGCUUUAACAAGUCCCAGAGUUUCAAGGUCUUCGAAAAAGGACUUCGGUAAUGUGAGCGCUGUUGCAACAAGUUUGAACGUCGAAAGUCCCGAAGUCCAAAAGUCGCCGGUCGCGAAAACUCCGAAAGUCCAAAAGUCGCCAAACACUAGCUUGCGUAAAGUUAGCGGGGUGAAAAAGAUUUUGACAAGUCCCAGAGUACUAAGAUCGCCGAAGAACGACCUGAGCGACGUAAGAGGGGUGAAGAACCUUUUGAAAACUCCCAAAGUCCAAAAGUCCCCAAAGAACGACCUAACUGACUUACGAGGCGUGAAGAACUUGCUAAGUCCCAGACCCAGAAAGUCCCCACGUAACGAUCUGACCGACGUCCGAGGAGUGAAAAAGCUCCUGAAAACUCCGAAACUUCAAAAGUCGCCGAAGAACGACUUACGCGACAUAAAGGGAGUGAAAAAGCUCUUGACAACUCCCAAAGCACAAAAUUCCCCAAAAAACGACUUGACAGACGUCAAAGGCGUAAAACAGUUGUUAGCGUCCCCCAAAACACAAAAAUCCCCUAAAAACGAUCUACUAAACAUAAGCGGGGUCGCCAGACUCCUCAAAACGCCGAAAGUCCAAAAAUCCCCACGCAACGAUUUACGCAACGUCAUCGGCGUGAAACAAGUUUUCGCCAACCCGAAACCGCAAAAGUCGCCUAUGAACGACUUAAGUAACGUCAGGGGGGUGAAAAACGUGUUUAAAACCCCCCGAGUCGCUCGAACUCCCCGCAACGACUUAUCCGACGUGACGGGAGUCAAAACCAUGUUCGCCACACCCGCAGUACAAAAAUCCCCAGAAAACAACCUGUCAAACGUGAGUGGCGUCUUCAAACUUUUGAAAACACCGAAGCCCCGAAAGUCGCCCUUGAACGACUUGCGACACGUCAGCGGCGUGAAAAAACUGCUCAAAACGCCCGCAGUCCGAAAAAGCCCUCGUAACGACCUUUCGGACGUCCGCGGCGUGAAAAAAUUAAUGUCGAGUCCGAAAGUCCAAAAGCAGCCUUUGAACGACCUUUCGGACGUCGAAGGGGUGCGCGAAUUAUUUUCGAGUCCGGCUAGUGUGAAACGCGCGCCGUCGCGCCCCCAGAGAAAGAAGAAAUCUGCAGAAAUUGACAUUUCCGGUAGCGAUCUGCCAACGCCAACUUCACUCACGAGGAGUAGGCGUGGCCGAGGCAAAGAGCCAAUCACGAGCACUCCCGCGCAGGAAGCGGAAACGAGUCAGAGGCGCACUAGACGGAAGAAAUUUACAGAAGGAGAGGUGACACAACCUAACCUCAAAAAUCCGGAAUCGCUCGAAAACGGCACAGAAGUGCGAAAUAUGCGAGUGAGGAGGAAUAGAAAGGAGGAAACGACCGAAGAUGCGUCGGAGGUGAGUGCGGUGGACACCCCACUGAAGAAAACGCGCGGGAAAAAGCGGAAGAGCAGCGCACAGGAAGAGGAAGUACCGCAGAAACGUGCAGCGCGUGGGAGGGGAAGGAAGAACGCGGAUGAAGUGGAGGUAGCGAAGAACGAAGAGAGUCAGGAGAAAAAUCGGCGCGGACGAGGAGGGAAGAAGAAGAAUGACGUGGAUGUGAGCGUUGACGAUGCGAAGAGUAACGGACAGGAAGAGGAAGUGCCGCAGAAGCGUGCGGGACGUGGCAGGGGGAAGAAGAACGUGGAUGAAGUGCAAGAAAAAAAGGAGGAGGAGAAGCCGCGGCGUGGACGAGGGAGGAAGAACGUGGAUGAAGUAAACGUGAGUGUGAAAGCGAGUGCCGAGGAAGUGGUUGAAGAAAAAACACAGAAACGGGGCAGGGGGAGGAAGAACGUGGAUGAGAACGAGAGCAAGAAUGAUGUGGAGGUUGUGCAGAAGGCGAGCACGCGAGGGAAAAGGAAGGUGGAGGAAGUGGAGGUGAUCGAGAAAACGACGAGGAGUAGAAGAGGCGACGACGUGAAUGAGAAAAGUGCAAGUAAUAGAGCGAAGAAAAAGAGUGAGUCGAUUGAGGAUGGUGCAGAAAUCACAAAUAAAAGAGGGAGGAAGGCGAAGACGGAUGUGAAGAAAACGACGGCUAAAAGCAAGGGUGGGGAUGCAGUGGAGGACACUAAAGUGGAUGUCACUGAAGAGAAAAGUACAAGAACACUUAGAACAAGAAACAGAAAGUAGUUUUAUUGUUUUUAACAUUUUAGUUUUUCAUAUGAAUAGAUUUUAUGUGUGUGAGGUUUUGAUUAAAAUGAUUGUUUAUUUUGG